GGGGAGGAUAAGAGCAUGAAGGCGGCCAAGCAGCAGGUGAACCCGUCUGGGGAGAGCCAACCUCCCUCCAGCCCCCUGCAGUCUGCGCUGAACUCGGCAGCCUCUCCUUCCCAGGCAUAUGAGACUUACAUUGAUAAUGGGCUUAUCUGCCUCAAACACAAGAUCAGGAACAUUGAGAAAAAGAAGCUCAAACUAGAAGACUACAAAGAUCGCCUGAAGAAGGGAGAAGCCCUUAAUCAAGACCAGUUGGAGGCAGUAGAGAAAUAUGAUGAAGUAGUACACAACUUGGAAUUUGCCAAGGAGCUUCAGAAGACUUUUUCAGGACUUAGCCAAGAUCUGCUGAAAGCACAGAGGAAGGCUCAGCGAAGAGAGAGUCUAUUGAAGCUUGAAGCAGAGAAGAAAAAACUGCGUACAAUACUUCAAGUCCAGUAUGUGCUGCAGAACCUCACUCAAGAGCAUGUUCAGAAAGAUUUCAAAGGUGGUGUGAAUGGUGCAAUAUACUUGCCUUCUAAAGAACUAGACUACCUCAUAAGAUUUGCAAAACUGACGUGUCCAGAAAGAAAUGAGAACUUGAGUGUGGAAGACCAGAUGGAACAAUCAUCUCUUUACUUCUGGGACCUUUUAGAAGGAAGUGAGAAACCUGUGGUUGGAACAACAUAUAAACACAUGAAGGACCUGUUAUCCAAACUUCUAGACUCUGGCUACUUUGAAAGUAUUCCGACUCCUCGCACCACUGUGCCAGUAAAAGAAUUGGAAGAAGAAGUAAAUAGAAAAUCUGAGAGAACAAGACAGAUGUCAAAAGGAGAGUCUGUCAAAGAACCAGGAUCCCUUAUGGAACUUAUGAAGUCUGAAAUACAGCCACAGGAGUUUCUCAACAGGCGUUAUUUGCCUGAAGCAGAAUACUCUGUCAAGAAGAAGCCAGAAGAGCCCAAAUCUUGGGAAGCUGAGUGUGCUAGAAAGCAAGAACCUCCAAAGUCCUGGGAAAUGCUUGUUGAUAUUGAAGAGCAGGAACAGAAGCAGAAACAAGAGACCUUAAAGCCUUGGGAAGCUCGUGUUAGGCAGCAAGAACCAAAAAGACCAGAUUCUCCAAAGACUUGGGAAGCUCGUGCUAAAGAGGAACAGAAACGUGAAUCUACAAAGGCCUGGGAGACCCGUGUUGAGGAGGAAGAACAGAAGAAGCAAGAAGCUCCAAAGGCCUGGGUAGCACGUGUCCGAGAGGAGCAGGAGUCCCCCAAACCUUGGGUAGCAAAGGUUAGGGAAGAGCAGGACCAGAAGAAACAGGAAUCGCCUAAGCCAUGGGUAGCAAAAGUUAGGGAAGAGCAGGAACAGAAAAAGCAGGAGUCCCCGAAACCUUGGGUAACCAAAGUUAAGGAAGAACCAGAACAAAAGCAGGAAUCUCCAAAACCUUGGGUAACCCAAACUAGGGAGCAACCAGAACAAAAGAAGCCAGAGCUUGUGAAAUCAUGGGAAAUGCCUGUUAGGGAAGAGCCAGAGCAAAAGAAGCAGGAGCCUGUGAAGGCUUGGGCUGCACAUGUUAGGGAGGAUCCAGAACAAAAGAAGCAGGAGACUCGAGAAGCUUGGGAAAAAGCUGACAGGCAGCAGCAAGUGUCAUCACAGCAGUUACAGAACCCUCCGAAGUCCUGGGGAGCUGCAAGUGUUGGGCCAAAGGAGCAGAUGGGGCCAAAGAAGUUUGAUAUGGAACCCAAAGAAGUGCCUAAACCUGUACAUCAGCCAGCUGCAGAAUUUUGCUCUACUUCAACUCUUCCAAAAGAUCCAGUAUUGAGAAGAGAAAAACUUCAGGAUCUGAUGACUCAGAUACAAGGGACUUACAACUUCAUGCAGGAGUCCAUUUUGGAUUUUGAUAAAGCUUCACCAAGUGCCAUUGGUUCAUCCCAACCACCUUCAGUUACUCCAGCAAGUAGUCCUGUAGCUUCAAAAGAACAGAAACUGCCAAGUAAGAGUGAUUUUCUUCAACAGCCCCUUCAAGCUGCUGCCUCAUCCAUGACACUGCAUGGUUCAAAUACUUCCCUAGCGUCUGCUGAUCAGACUCUUUCUGGCUCUGAAACUGAAGACUCGGUGACACCACAGGCAACUAUUCCCCUCCCAAGUGAGCCACAGUCACCAUUGCCUACUUCAAGCACCUCCAUGUCGCCAGUACCAUCAGCACAAAGCUUUCAGUCUCCUCCAGCAAGUAGCAGUUCUGUCACAAUAACAGCAGCUCCCUUUCAGGCUAUGCAGACUGUAUUUAAAGUGAAUGCACCACUGCCUCCACGUAAAGACCAGGAAAUUAAAGAGGAUUCUUCAUAUUCAGCAGGAUAUAACCAGAGUUUCUCUACAGCAAGUACACAGACUCCUCCUCAAUGCCAGUUGCAAUCUUCUCAUGUUGCAGAACAAACGUCUCUUUCACAAGAAUCUCUAUCUUCAGCAGUGAAUUAUCAACCUGAUGGAGCUGUUCCUGUUAGCAAUGGUAGCCUUGCCUUUUAUCCAGCACAGACUAAUGUUAUCCCCAGACCCCCUCAGCCUUACCUUAACAGUCGUGGGUCUGUCAGAGGAUCUGCUAGAGGUGGAAGAUCACUGGCUAAUUCAUAUCGUUCCCCUGGUGGGUAUAAAGGUUUUGAUGCUUACAGAGGCUCAGCUUCAAUAACUAAUGGCAACUAUGGUCAGCUGCAGUUCCCUGGUAGAGAUUAUGCUGGAAUGCCAUAUUCUCAGAGGGAUGUUAAUUACCAGCAGUGCUAUAAACGAGGUGGGAUAGCUAGUGGUCCUCGAGCAAAUUCAAGAGCAGGGUGGAGUGAUUCCUCUCAGGUGAGCAGUCCAGAACGAGACAAUGAAACCUUUAACAGUGGUGACUCUGGACAGGGAGACUCCCGCAGCAUCACCCCUGUUGAUAUGCCAGUGACGAGCCAAGCUGCCACCAUACUACCAGUGCAUGUCUACCCCCUCCCGCAGCAGAUGAGAGUUGCCUUCUCUGCCGCUAGAACAUCUAAUUUGGCCCCUGGAACUCUAGACCAGCCAAUUGUGUUUGACCUGUUGCUGAACAACCUUGGAGAAACUUUUGAUAUCCAGCUUGGUAGGUUCAACUGUCCAGUGAAUGGUACAUAUGUCUUCAUCUUCCACAUGCUGAAACUGGCUGUAAAUGUUCCCCUGUAUGUCAAUCUCAUGAAGAAUGAAGAAGUCCUAGUGUCAGCAUAUGCAAAUGAUGGGGCUCCUGAUCAUGAAACAGCUAGUAACCAUGCAGUCCUGCAGCUGUUCCAAGGGGAUCAGAUCUGGUUGCGUCUGCAUCGGGGAGCCAUCUAUGGAAGUAGCUGGAAAUACUCCACCUUUUCGGGAUACCUCCUUUAUCAGGACUAAAAUCCAGUGCGAUGUUUACAAAAGAGCUGCUCCAAACACCUUGGUGGAGGGGGGUGGGACUAGCUUUGCACUUACUAUGACUUUAUAGAAGAUAUGUGGUUCCAUUAUUGGGGGAAAUGAUGGUCCUCUUGUGCAAGGUGAAAUCAUGGAGUUGGGGUACUGAAUCAGCACUAAUUUGGCACUUUAUCAGUUGUGAUGUAGCCUUGCUAGUAAAGCUGUGAAUGUAUAUUGUUUGCACUUACCCUAAACUGUAUUAAUGUCCAGCUUACUACACUAUUGAUUGCCUCAAAUAUGGGCUAUUCACAAUGCCUUGU